AUGUCGUUGAUGAUGUCUCUGGAAUGGAUUCCACGCGGUGCCUCGGCCAACGACGCGCCAUGCGCGGCGGCGAGCGGCAGCACCGGCGGCGGUGCGCUCGGCGCCGCGGCGGCCGUGGCCGCGGCUGGGCGGGCGCAGCUGCCAAUGCUCCCGGACAUUGACAUGAAGCCCGUGGAAGCCACAGACCCCAAGGCCAAGAGCCUCGCCUUCAACGGCGUCCUCUCCCUGCUGAAAACCCUCGACCUGGACAGCACUACGCGCUCAAAAGUGUUCAGGGCGCUCAACGCGCAGCUCGCCGACCCGGGCCCCGUGGCGCACUUUUUGUCAAUGUCGUACCAGUUCCUGCGGCGGUGCUGCGCGGAGAACAACGCGGACGCGGCGAGGGCGGCCGUCCAGGAGAUGGCCGCAGAGUCCGCCUCGUGA